CUCUUUUUCACUCUACACUCUCUUCCCAUUCUUUCUCUUCUCGUGAUUUUUUCUCUUCCACUUUUAGAUUUCCCUCGUUGAAAUACAUCCUUCAAAAUGGCCACCUGGUUCGACACUAUCAAGCGGUCUUUCGCCGAUGUCCCGGUUGAUGCUGCCAACAAGGGCAUCUCGACUGAGGAAUUCCUCGAGGCCGCUGAGUCCUUGACCACCCUCUUCGAUGUCCUCGGCUCCGUUGCCUUCACCCCCGUCAAGAACGACCUCCUCGGCAACAUCAAGAAAGUCCGCGAGAGGAAGGAGGCUGCCCCUGAGGAGUCCAAGACUCUCCAGGAGCUCGUUAUCAACGAAUUGAAGACCAAGAAGCACGUUGCUUCCGAGGGCCUUGUCUGGCUCGUCCGGGGUCUCGACUUCACUGCCCAAGCCCUUGCCCACAACCUCGCCAAGUCCGAGGUCGAGCUUGCCGACUCCUUCCGUGAAGCCUACGGCAACACCCUCAAGCCUCACCACUCGUUCAUGAUCAAGCCCAUCUUCUCCGCCGCCAUGGGUGCCACCCCCUACCGUAAAGACUUCUACACCAAGCUUGGUCAGGACCAGUCUACCGUCACUGAGGCCCUGAACCGUGAGGUGACUGCUUUGGAGGAGCGGGUCUCCAUCCUGAAGGAGUUCCAGGCCACCAAGGAGGCCAAGUGGUAAACUAUUGCCGGAGAACAGCUGGAAAUGCUCUCCUGAUGCAACGGUCCGCCGCUUUUUCUUUGUAUUUUCGAGCGUAUCAUGUUAUCAAAGCAUGUAUAUAUGUAGAUACCUUAUUUACAUGUGAAUAGGUCUCUAAUCGGGCCUGUCGCUAGAGCAAAGGUCAUGUACCUACAAUUCCUGCAUAUAUGAACACCUAAGCAUUUUGAUUUCAAUU